UGAGUUAAAUAUAACUAAUCUCAUCAUUUAUCAUUUCAGUAAUAGGAAUUGCCAAACUACUUAUAAGUACAAUAAUUAAAUAAUACUGUGCUCCUAAAGACUGUCAAAGUACUACUAGUACUUAGUGCUGUGGUGUUCAAUCUUAUUUGAUUUCUACAAGCAAGUUAGUGGAAGAGUUCUGCAGAAAUGUCACUAUCACUCCCAAAUCUGUAUGCAAAAGGUGAUGCUUAUGGAAUAAAGUAUGUUGAGAUUAAAACAAAGCCAAGUCUAUUGAAUUCUUCUUUUCGCUGUAGAGCAAGGACUAAGGCAGCUCUUGGUACUCGUUCGAGUGCUGUUGAAGUCCCUCGUCAGUGGUACAAUAUAGUUGCAGACCUUCCAAUCAAGCCCCCUCCACCUUUGCAUCCCAAGACUUUUCAACCUAUCAAACCUGAGGAUUUAUCUCCUCUUUUCUGCGAUGAGUUGAUUAAGCAGGAGACAAGCGUCGACCAGUUUAUUGAUAUUCCGGAAGAAGUUUUAGACGUUUACAGCCUUUGGCGCCCAACUCCUUUGAUUAGAGCAAAGAGGUUGGAGAAACUGCUUGAUACACCCGCACGAAUAUAUUACAAGUAUGAAGGCGGUAGCCCAGCAGGGUCGCACAAGCCCAACUCUGCUGUUCCUCAGGCCUGGUACAAUAAAAUGGAGGAUGUUAAAAAUGUUGUCACUGAGACCGGGGCAGGUCAAUGGGGGAGCGCGUUGUCAUUUGCUUGCAGCUUAUUUGGUCUCAAUUGCGAGGUAUGGCAAGUUCGAGCAUCGUUUGAUCAGAAACCUUAUCGUAGAAUGAUGAUGCAAACUUGGGGUGCCAAGGUGCACCCUUCUCCUUCCGACCUUACAGAGGCUGGUCGGACUAUUCUACAAAUGGAUCCUUCAAGUCCGGGAAGUUUAGGAAUAGCUAUUUCGGAGGCUGUGGAGAUUGCAGCUAUGAAUGCCGACACCAAGUAUUGUUUAGGAAGUGUUCUCAAUCAUGUUUUAUUACAUCAGACUGUUAUUGGUGAGGAGUGUAUAAAGCAGAUGGAGGAUUUCGGAGAGACUCCGGAUGUGAUCAUCGGUUGCACGGGUGGUGGAUCCAAUUUUGGAGGACUUGCUUUCCCAUUUAUCCGGGAGAAGCUUAAGGGAAAAAUUAAUCCUCUUAUUCGAGCGGUUGAACCUACAGCUUGCCCCUCGUUGACCAAAGGCGUAUACGCUUAUGACUACGGAGACACGGCAGGCAUGACUCCUUUAAUGAAAAUGCAUACCCUUGGUCAUGACUUCAUACCAGAUCCCAUCCAUUCCGGGGGUCUCCGUUACCAUGGCAUGGCGCCAUUGAUAUCACACGUCUAUGAAUUGGGAUUCAUGGAAGCAAUAUCAAUUCCUCAGACUGAAUGCUUCGAAGGUGCUAUUCAGUUUGCAAGGUCUGAGGGGUUGAUACCGGCACCAGAACCGACUCAUGCUAUAGCUGCCACUAUCAGGGAAGCUCUAAGGUGUAAAGAGACUGGAGAAUCGAAAGUUAUACUCAUGGCAAUGUGUGGACAUGGUCAUUUUGAUUUGUCAUCGUAUGAUAAGUAUUUGCAGGGAAGCCUGGUUGAUUUGUCAUUCUCGGAAGAGAAAAUAAAAGCCUCACUCGCCAAAAUACCUCAACCAGUGUCUUAAGCUGAUCCAAAUUGCGGAGACAAUGAAAGUACUAGGUAUGCUGAGAGGAACUUACAGAUUUGGAAGAGCAAUUUUUUUUUCCUCCGUUUUUUGCAUCUGCUGUUGAAACGUUCAUGGUUACUUUUCUAUUAUGCUAAAACUAGUUCACCUGUAUUUCGUGCAGUUAUAUAUGUAUCUACAUGCUUUAAUAAAUUGUGUAGUAAUGGAGCUGCUACUCCUGAAGUUGUAAUUUUAUUCAACCUUCUGAUUGGAGUUUUGUUUUGA